CCAACCGCCGCUGUCCAUUUCAGAAGCCCACUCGAGCCACGCGUGCUGCGCGCGAGCUUCAAGGUUUCCACUUUGCUCAGUCCCUGCCCAUUUCUCGAGCCAAAUCAGCCAGUCCGUGAUCUUGCUUGCAUUCGUUGACUAUCAUCGACGCCACCUCAAAUUGCAGCCGCGACACACUGUCACCGUUCGCGCGCAACGAUGCUUGCGGCCCACCACGACCAGGAGAAUGUUUACACGCACCAGGCUGGCGCCUCGAAGCAGCAGCUCCAGGCAAAGACGCCUGGUGCACGCUAUCCAAAGACACCCUUGAGAAUCCCGCUCAAAGACGAGAAUGCGCAUCAUGGCUUUGGCGGAAAGACGAAAGGAAACAACGAAAACAAUCUCACCAUCGGCAAGGGCACAGCUGGGCUCGGCAAGUCCGGCAAGCCAGCCAUGGUGACCCCCGCAGAACCUCGAACCGCCCGGGCGCCUCUCGGAAACAAGACAACCAAUGCCAAAGCCAGGGCAACGCAGCAGACCCCGGGCGUCAAGUCGAUUAUCCGUGAAUUUGAGAGAACAAGCGUCAAGCCGACCACCACUCUCCGACCGAAGCAUGCUCCGCCACAGAUUGAGGCAACAAAAUUUGAGGUGCACACAGACAAGGAUCCGCUCGAGGAGGAGGAGAUUGAAUACGCGCCUCCCAGGCCGAAGGAUAUACCCUACGAGUCCGACGUGUUCCCUGAUGGGGUUUUGACCUUUGAGGGGCUCAAGCCUGAGAAUCUCUUCAAGGGCUACUACCAAUACUACUACAACCGCGUGGAUGAAGAGGGUAAAACAGCCAUGGAGCGCAAGAUGGAGGAGCGACAAAAGCGCAGCUUUGCCCGCGGGGAGGAGCAGAUCCGCAAAGAUAUGGAUGAGUUCGACUGGAGCAUCGGCGACAUCCCCGAGAGCAAGGACGCGUUCAAAAAGCAGAGCACCGCGACGCCAACAGCUAUGGCAGUAGCCGGGAAGAAAGCCUCGCAUCCGACUGCAAGGCAACCCUCAACGAUCGCCUCGAGGAAGGCAGCAUCAGCUCUAGCCACAUUGUCCAAGCCAUCUGGAACAGCACAGCCCAAACCAGUUGGUACUACGGGACCAGCGGCAAACAAGCCCGCGAGCAAGGGAUUCCUCUUGCCAAAGCGCAAACCAGCGCAGCAAGUAACUCAGCCUAACGUUCCAGCCAGGGAGCGGACAGCUGCCUUGCUCGCUUCACGGAGCACACUUGGCUACAACAAGGGCCGGUCCGUGUCCUCCGUUGUCCACGGCAGCAACGUCGAUUCGACCAGUCGCCAGCCGCAGAUUGCUCCAAAGCCUCGGGCGUUGAUGCGAUCCGCAAGCACGGCCUCUACGAGUUCGGAAGCCACAAUCACACCAGCCCGGUUUGCCCAGUCCUCCUCUGAGUGGAAGAAGCCGGACUUCCUCUCCAUCUUCGACGCCGAUGAGGAAGAAGACGGCAUAGGUGGCACCAUGCCCCCAAUGGACGACGACGAUGAGGAUUUUCACCUGACCGUGAAGUUUGAGUGAACCGGAGUGGUUCUUGGUUUCUUGUCUGAGUUUACCAAGGGGGUUGCAGGUUGGCGUUGGCUGUCGCGGCGUUUGGGAAU